GUGCAUUUGCUGUCAGUCUCAGCAUCAGUUUGCUGAUUUUCAUCAAUAUAUUUCCUGAAAAGGAUGUCAGCACUGCAGAAAAAUGAAAUGGAUGAUACACAUUUGGAACAAGAAGAAACAUUUCUGCAUCCCCCACCUGAGGAUCUUGAGCUGAAUAUCAAUCACCCCUACCAUGAUGAUGUGAGACAUCUAACUGUCUUGUUUACAGGUGAUCACAACUCUGGAAGGAAGGUCACUAGCUGCUGCAUGUCCCCAUCCUACCAGCUCAAUCACACAAGGUUGCUUGAGUACUUAAAGUAUACUCUGGAUCAGUAUGUAGAGCAUGAUUAUAUGGUUGUCUACUUUCUCUAUGACCUGAAGAGUCUGAAUAAAACUUCUCUGAAAUGGUUGCAAACAGCCUACCAGGAAUUUGACAGGAAGUAUAAGGAAAACGUUAAAGUACUUGUUUACCGUCCAACCAACUUCAUAAAGAUUGUGAGGAAUAUCUUUAAACCUCUUGUAAGCCUCAAUUUUGGGAAAAAGAUCAUCUACUUGAACUAUCUAGGUGUCCUGGGAAAACAUCUCAAAUAUCCAUCAAGAAUGAUUAAAAGUGUAAUUUGCCUGUUUGUGAUGGGUUGGAUUAAUUCUGAAAGCUGCAUUGCCACCACAGACGUACUGAAGUCCAUCAGCAGACAUGAUGAAAAUCUUUGGAGGAAACAGAAGGGAAGACUUCCACCUGUGGUAAAGGUUCCUCUACCAUGGCCACCCCUGCCUACCCAACAAUUUGGAGUCAGCCUGCAAUAUAUAAAGGACAAAAAUAAAGGCAAACUAUUCCCCCCAAUGAAGGAAAUGGUAUCCAAUCUAAAAAGUAUAGGACUGCAAGUAGAGGGCCUCUUCAGGAGGUCAACCAGCAUCCAGACUAUCAAAGAUGUGCAGAAACUCUAUCAGGGCAAGUCUCUGAAUUUUGAUGAUUAUCAUGAUAUCCAUACUCCUGCUGUUAUCUUGAAGACUUUCUUUAGGGAACUCCCUCAGCCAUUGCUAACAUUUGACUAUUAUGAUCAUAUCCUUGAAAUCCCCACUGCAUCCUUCUUCAUCUGCAGCCUGUCAGCAGCCUAUGCACACAAUCUCAAUGGAAUUUUAUGGGAUAGGAAUGAUUAAGGAUCUCGGGACUAUUCUGUUGCUGAAUAAACUGAACUGAAACUGUGAGAGGUUUGUGGUUGCAGGUAAGUUUCUAAUUAUAGUGUCUGAGUGAGUGGAAUUCCCCAGACAGAGUUUCCCCUUUCUCUGAAGGAAAAAGAUAGUUAUGUUCUUGAUAACUUCAUUGAGCUUUUAUAUCUCCAUAACCCAACUGUUGUUGUGAUGAAGGGGAAAAGAAGUUAGACAAUCUUUUUCUUUCCACAUUUCCCAGUUCUCCCAGCAUUCCAGAGCAGCAUGUGUCCUUUGAGAAACCUGCUCUACUGGUGCAUGAUGAAAUGCAGCCCCAGCCGAUGCCUAGUAAUGCUUAUGCUGUAUUCAAUAUCUAUACCGAGAAUAGGCACAGAAUCAGACACAGAACAGACACAGAAUCAUAUCAGGCUGCAUCACUCUCCACUCUGAGUACAUGCAUAGAGCUUGAGGAAGGCACGGGCUGGUAUCUUUGGUUGUCUUGCUGUAGGUUAGGGGAUGUAGAGGGGUCCUUUUUCUUUCCCCCCUUCCCUCCCAGUACAGGAGCUCCUUCACACUUACUGAGCUACCAAACACCAGCAGCCAUGGACCACCAAAUUAUUUCAGUCUCAUCUGCAUGGAGCACUUAAUGCUGCUGCAAAAUAACAAACAAGAUGUUGAACUAUCACAAAUGGCUUCCACGUUUUAAGAAGGAUUAGCAUUCCUACAUUCUAUUCUUAUUCUCACAUUCUAUCCAGAAACUUGAUUAAAUUUUUAUUUUCUUAUUCUUUGGGUUUUGGCUGAUGUCUCAGACAUUGCUGCAGCAAAUGGUCCAGAGUGCCAUCCCUGAUGGUAAGUGGCUACAGCACAAGGACAAAACAAACUUACUCCAUUACAAAAUAACAUAAAAUUCAGUAAUACAAUAUCAAUGCCUUAUGCUCCAAAAGAGCUUUUACGAAAUAAUAUAAAUGAGAGGAUGAAAAUGAAGAGAGGCUUUGUAGAGCUCUGUCACAAGCCCUGACACCCAGCCUGGAUAAACACCCCAUUCUCUCCAUGUCACAGUACCACAACUUCUCCAUGUAAUUACCACUUGAAAGUUAAUAAGACUCUACUUCCAUUGUGACAGC